UGUUUGGUCUGCAAAAGUCUUAGUUGGGUUCAAACAUACCUUUGUCUAGCCCCUUUGCUCUGGCUACUCUAUUAAAAUUCAGUAGAGUAAUUUCAAGCUGGUAAGUCAGACUCAGGUAACAAAGCCAAGGUGUUAUUUUCUGUCCUUUCUUGGCAGUUGACUCCAGGCCUGUGAAAUCCAUUGUUGGAUAAAUCCAUACUGUCACCAGCACAUAGUCUGUUUUCUAAGCAGCUUCAACCUUGGAAAAAAAAAAUAAAUAAUAAAGCCCAAGACCCUUUCAAGGAAGAAACAUUGGGAAAGACGAGCUCAUUGGAUCUGCCUACAGGAAAUGCCAAUGAAGAAAACUUGAGGAGGAUGGAGCGUGGAAACUUCCCUGGAUUGCCACACUGCUGCAAGAGUCCUUUACCUGGUAUGCAAAGAGCCAAUCCACACACAGAGUCAAGAUAUUUAUUUCAUGUUUGCAUGGAGAUGGGUGCCAGGUGGAAGCUCCACAAAGCCAGCGCACCUUGGAUUAUACAUAGAGAGCUGCUUCUAUGCCUCACUGCAUCACCACCACCAACAGAAAGUGAAAGCUCUGAGAGGUUCUCUAGGCUUUGGGAGCUUCAGGACGUUUGCCUUUGCCUUUUCCUUUUCUGACUGAGAUUUCACCCUCCUCAAAGUAAGGAGAGGCAGAAAAUGAAUAAGUUACGUGGGGUGAUAGACUUCUGCCUCCGCCACCAGACCGCUGUGGGUUACGGCAUCGUGUCCCUGCUGACGGCUGCCAGCGAGCAGAUCUUCUCAUCUGUGGUGUUCAAGUGUCCCUGCAACUCUGGGAACCUUCUGUAUGGCUCCGUCUUCCUCCUAGUGCCUGCCUUCAUCCUCUUUCUCUUUGGCUACAUGGUGAACGCCAAGAUGUGGCGCCUGCUGACAGGCAGCUGCCCUCAGGAGAAGCGCUGCAGCUGCAGCUCCUGGAGGACCGGCACCCAAUGCUGCUUCCUGCUGCUGCCGGUGACAGCCAGAACCUUGGUGGCCCCUCUCACCUGGAUCGCGGUGGCCCUGCUCACAGCCAGCUUCUACGAGUGUGCGGCCAGCGGGACUAGCCUGAUAAAGAACCUCAUGUGUAAAGGCAAAGACGAGAAGUGCCACGAGGCGCUGGUCAGAAUACCCUGUGAUGAGAGGAUACUACAGAAAACAAACUUCUCCACUGAAUUUCCCAGCCUUCAGGCACAGUCCCAGCUGAUAGGAUGGUUCCUGAUAGUCAUCAUCGCGACCAUGGCACUGAUUUUAACAUGUGUGAACCGCUGUUGCUCCCCAGUCAGCUAUCUUCAGUUCAAGUUCUGGAAAAUUUACUUAAAAAAGGAACAGGAGCUCUUUGAGACCAAGGCUAAAGAGCACGCAACCAGGCUGGCAGAAAUAAAUAUGAAAUGCUUUUUUGAAGCCACUGACCCAGUACCGUUUUACACUCCCAGCCGUGAAGACUGGUGGAAGAUUUCAGUCAUGUAUAGCCUCAGUUCACAAGAGCAGUAUUACAGCAUGAUACACAAGUACGUUAACACAAACAGAGGCAGCGGCAUCAGACUUGAGAGAAGAGAUCAGAAUCUCCCUGUUUUAGGAUUCGUGGAUGAAGCAGAUACAAUCGAAGCAGGGCUUUAAUGCAGAAAAUCUUCUGCAAUGCUGGCUGUCUUUUAACCCUACUGAUAUAAGAAGAAUCUCAUUCUGUGCUCUUAUUGAAAUCUACGCAAAUUGUAUGUAAAAGUUGACAGUUGUAACUGUCAGCAGAUUUUUUUUUAAAUACACUUUAUUAAUUUUGCUUAAGUACAUUUAAA